AUGAGCAACAGGGAGAAGAGAAGUGAAGCCUCCCCGCCCCCCCCAUGGGCCGGGACGGCCGGGGCGGGGGUCACAGGGCAAAGGCCGCCCCGGGUGGGCCUCCCUCCAGCCGGCGGGAGCGCGGGUCUGUGGGCAAAAACGACGCGUCUCCUCGGGUCAGCAACAGCAGCGACGGCUGGUCCCAGCCCUGCCCGCACCCCCAGACCGGCCCAAGCGACUCACCCCGAAGACGGGCUCCGUAGGGCCGCCCCCCAGACCGCCGAGUUUCGGUUCCCCAGUGUUUGCAAACGCACGGAAAACAAACCGGGUCGCCAGGGGUCACCACGGGCUUCCGGUUUCCUCGAAGACGCCGCCGCGGCCCCAGCGCCCGCAGCCGCUCCGGGGACGGCGCGGAGGGAUUCCCAUUUCCUUCGCCUCGGCCACGCCGGGAACGGCGCGGCCCUGCCAGUUAGCGGAGGCCCAGAAAGUUCGGGAAGGAAGGGCGAGCGGUCGCCGGCGAAGGCCGGUUACCCAACAACACGCGCGCGGCGGCCGGGCCCGCCCGCCCGCGCCGGCCUAGUCCGCAGCCGGGCGCGUCGCGCGCCUCGACGGCGCGGCGGACCCGAAAUUCUGUGGCGGGGCCCUGGGGAAGGACGAGCCGCCGCCGCCGGCGAGCGGACUUCCGCUGCCCGCGAGCUCGACGUCCGGGCGGUGCGAGCAACCGGAAGUCAGGCCCCAGGAAGCGGGGAGGGCGCUCGGGAAGGCGCCGCUUGGGUGAGAGAAGGACGGGGCGGGGCCUCGGCGACGCCGGGAGGCGGAGGCGGCGCUGGAUUUAAUGCAUUUGUGGAAAAGAAAAUUUGGGAUGGUAAGAAAAUAAUAGAAUAUUAUAACACUGCAAUGGAUUCCUCAGUGGAAAACAACAUGUAUGUGAACAAAGUGUGGGUUCAGUGUGAGGAUGAAAGUUGUCUGAAAUGGAGAUUGUUGUCAAGUGAGGAUGCAGGAAAAGUUGAUCACAAUGAACCUUGGUACUGCUUCAUGAACACUGAUUCAAGAUAUAAUGAGUGUUCUAUCUCUGAAGAAGACUUUCCUGAAGAGUCUCAGUUUCAUCAGAGUGGAUUUAAGAUUGUCUAUUCACAGCUCCCUCUUGGAAGCCUGGUUUUGGUAAAACUACAGAAUUGGCCAAGUUGGCCAGGGAUACUAUGCCCUGAUCCUUUUAAAGGGAAAUAUGUGACCUAUGACCUGGAUGGAAAUGUUGAAGAAUAUCACAUAGAAUUCUUGGGUGAUCCCCGUUCACAAUCAUGGAUAGGUGCAACGUUUGUUGGACAUUACAGUAUCACAUUUAAGCCAGGAAAAUGCAAGAAUAAAAAGAAAAAGUGGUAUGAAAGUGCACUACAAGAAGCCUGCCUUCUCCAUGGAUAUUCUCAUGAGCAAAGAUUGGAAAUGUGCUGCCUAUUAAAACAUGAUGAAUCCAAAGCAGAUGCUGAAGUUGGUGCAGUGGCCAAGAAAAGGAUGCAAGUUUCUAAAAAUAAUACUGAAAAGAGAAACCCCAAAUUUAGAAAAAGGAAAAGGAAAACCAUUUUAAAAUCCUCUUUUGAAAAUAUUUGUUCAGAUGAUGCUUUAUCAAAGGAAAACAUGGUUGUCUCUGAGACAGAAAUUUUACUUAAAGAGCUGGAACAAAUGCUACAGCAAGCAUUAGAGCCCACAACACGUGAUGAGUCUGAAGAGGAAUGUGAAGAGGAAAUAAACAUGGAAGAAAAGUUAUCUAAAUGCACUCCUGAAGCUCCUGUAGGCAGCCCAUUUGGAAACCACUAUGAAGAGGACUAUCUUGUAAUUGAUGGGAUAAAAUUAAAAGCUGGAGAAUGUAUUGAAAAUAUAACUGAUAAGUUUAAAGAAAUAGAUGCUUUGAUGUCUGAAAUUUAGAUGUCUAUAGAUAUUUUCAAAAGUUAAUUAUAAUACCUGUACAUCUUCAUAUUUUUCCAAAGUCAAAAACUUAAAAUUUUUUAGUGAAAGAGGUUAUAUCUGUAUAUAUACCAAAGUUGAUAUUUAUAAUAACUUUCUACUUUGUAUUUUAAGGAUAUCUAUUGUUUUGAAACCUAAUCAAAUGAUAUUGAUGUUAGUGUUAAAAAAGUUAGAAUUGAAGAAAUCCUGACAUUUGCAAUUGUUGACGUUUUAAUGGUUUGUGAAAUUUACUGCACAAACACAUGCUUUACAAUGAUUACUUCUUAGACCCUUUAUUAAAAUGUAGCUAACUAUUAAAAUGGCUACCGGGCUAUAAUAAUUCUUAGAGAUAAUUCAGAUCUAAUAUACCUAGAGAAUGUGUAUUUGUAGUGGAAUUAAGCUAUUACAACAUAAAAGGAAACAAUAAAAAUGGGUUGUAUAAUAGAGUUGGAGCUUUUCUUA